AUGUUCACGCGAAAAGCCGAAUCAAAUCCCAUGUUUCCAGAAAUAUCUGGUGAAUCUGAAUCCAAUGAUCAACGAAAGAUACAAAACGUUGUUCUUGUUUGGUUGGAUGAUAAUAUCGAGACGAACAGCGAAGAUUCUCAAAACACAUUAACAAAACUUCAGCAAAUUGUUAAUAACGUUCAUACAUUCACUGACAACGAUCAAUGCAUCGAAUUUAUAAUAAGCAUGAGGGACAACAGAGUAUUUCUAAUCACUUCAGGAGCCAUUGCACGUAAUAUCGUGCCUUGUGUACACGACAUUAGUCAAUUGAAUUUGUUUCUUAUAUUUUGUGCUAACAAGGAAUACCACGAACAAUGGGCAAAAGAUUGGCCGAAGAUCAGAGGUGUUUUCACAGAUAUCAAACUGGUCUGCGAUACUCUGAAAAACGCAGCGCGAGAAUGUGAAAAGAACGCUAUAUCAAUGAGCUUUGUCACAUCUGACAAGCGGCCAGAUCAAUUACCUGCAUCGUUCAUGUACACACAAUUAAUAAAAGAAACAUUAUUAAGAAUCCAGUUUGAAGAGUGUCAUAUCCGAGAAUAUUUUGACUAUUGUCGCAAAUUAUUUGCUAAUAAUAAAGUGCAACUCGAUACAAUCGACCAAAUAGAACAAAAUUAUCAUGAUAAACUACCAGUAUACUGGUACAGUUACGUUGGUUUCAUGUAUUCUAUGCUUAACCAAGCUUUAAGACUGAUGGAUACAGAUAUAAUUAUACGAAUGGGUUUUUUUGUUAAAGAUCUCCAUCAAUGCAUCGAGCAACUGCACAAAAAGCAAUGCAUGACUCAUCACUUCCCUCCCAAAUUUACUGUUUAUCGUGGUCAAGGAUUGUCAACUGCAGAAUUCCAACAGUUGACGCAAGCCAAAGGUAGUCUACUAUCGUUCAACAACUUCUUGUCUACGAGCCUCGACUAUGAUACUUCUGAAGCCUUUGCUGCGAAUAAUGCGAACAACGCUGACACAAUAGGAAUUCUCUUCCUGAUCGAUAUCGAUCCCACACAGACAACAACUCCGUUUGCAUCAAUUCAAGAGUAUAGUAAUUAUAAAUCCGAGGUAGAGAUACUAUUUUCCAUGCAUAGCAUUUUUCGCGUGCAAGACAUCAAACCUGUUCGCCAUAGAAAUCAACUCUAUGAAGUACCUUUGGCACUUACCAACGCCAAUGAUCCACAGUUAGUUGCGCUUAGUAAUUCCAUCAGACAAGACGCCUUUUCAAAUGCCGAAGGGUGGUCUAGUUUAUGCACAAUACUAUCCGCCCUCGGUCAGCAUUCCAACGCAGAACAAAUUUAUAACAAUAGACUGGAUCAGGAAACAGAUCCCCAUGUUCGACAUUCACUACAAAGAAAUCUCGCCAUCAUCCAUAGUAAAAACGGAGCAUAUCUAACGGCACUCCAGGUUUUCGAGGAAUCGAUCAUUAUCGACGAGAAAGCUCUACCUUCCAAUCAUCCUGAUUUAGCCUCCUCAUACAACAACAUCGGGUUAGUUUAUUCUGAUAUGGGUGAAUAUCAAAGAGCACUUUCAUCCUACGAAAAAGCUCUGGCGAUUCAGCAACAAAUUCUACCUUCCAAUCAUCCUGAUUUAGCCUCCUCAUUCAACAACAUCGGGUUAGUUUAUUCUCGUAUGGGUGAAUAUCAAAGAGCACUUUCAUCACACGAAAAAGCUCUGGCGAUUCGUGAACAAAUUCUACCUUCCAAUCAUCCUGAUUUAGCCUCCUCAUACAACAACAUCGGGGCAGUUUAUUCUCGUGUGGGUGAAUAUCAAACAGCACUUUCAUCGUUCGAAUCAGCUCUGGCGAUUCGUGAACAAAUUCUACCUUCCAAUCAUCCUGAUUUAGCCUCCUCAUACAACAACAUCGGGUUAGUUUAUUCUCGUAUGGGUGAAUAUCAAAGAGCACUUUCAUCACACGAAAAAGCUCUGGCGAUUCGUGAACAAAUUCUACCUUCCAAUCAUCCUGAUUUAGCCUCCUCAUACAACAACAUCGGGGCAGUUUAUUCUCGUGUGGGUGAAUAUCAAACAGCACUUUCAUCGUUCGAAUCAGCUCUGGCGAUUCGUGAACAAAUUCUACCUUCCAAUCAUCCUGAUUUAGCCUCCUCAUACAACAACAUCGGGUUAGUUUAUUCUCGUAUGGGUGAAUAUCAAAGAGCACUUUCAUCACACGAAAAAGCUCUGGCGAUUCAGCAACAAAUUCUACCUUCCAAUCAUCCUGAUUUAGCCUCCUCAUUCAACAACAUCGGGUUAGUUUAUUCUGAUAUGGGUGAAUGUCAAACAGCACUUUCAUCACACGAAAAAGCUCUAGCGAUUCGUGAACAAAUUCUACCUUCCAAUCAUCCUGAUUUAGCCUCCUCAUACAACAACAUCGGGUUAGUUUAUUCUGAUAUGGGUGAAUAUCAAAGAGCACUUUCAUCACACGAAAAAGCUCUAGCGAUUCGUGAACAAAUUCUACCUUCCAAUCAUCCUGAUUUAGCCUCCUCAUUCAACAACAUCGGGUUAGUUUAUUCUGAUAUGGGUGAAUGUCAAACAGCACUUUCAUCCUACGAAAAAGCUCUGGCGAUUCAGCAACAAAUUCUACCUUCCAAUCAUCCGAAAUUAACGUCUUUACAGGAGCUCAUGACUUUAUUGUAUUAGAAGAAAAAGAAAACAAAGACAGACUUAUCGAUCUAUCUGAUGAAUAAGACAUUGAUAGGUACUGGACUGAUGGCGAUGGAAGCAUCAUCGAAUAGUCGAGAUGGUUUAUCAUCAACAUCAUUACAGUUAUCUGUUGAACAAUGGGAAUUACUUCGCCGUUUGCGUAAUAGUCAUCUCACGAAAGCGCAAAUCACACGAGCUUAUGACGAAUUAGAUCGACUUGAUCGUGAACUCGGAAAUCUUUUUAAUACAGCACCUUCGACUGAUCCUGUUUCACCGUCAAUGACCAUAACGCAACAAAUAUCUCCUUCGUCAUCCUCAGUAAUAAAUCAGAAUAACAAACGACCGCAUAGUCACACUGGAAAUGGGUUAACCAGUCGAUCAACAACGAACGGACAUCAUUGUAGUACCCCGGCAAAUGUGAAUCCAGCACGUCCAAGAAAUUCUACUAGUGAACCGAAUUCCACCAAUGGAAAUCAAUAUGAACCUUUGAAUUCGAGUGAUAUCGAAGAAGAAACAAGAGAAUUGCAGGAAUUAAUUUCAAAAGGUGAUGCAGCUAUUCAUAAUGAAAUCUCUGUUUUUGUGUAUCGAUAUGACCUAAAGCAAUCACAAAUAGCUCGAAUGGCUUCCGUCAAUCAAGCAUAUGUAUCGAAAUUUCUGCGAGGUGAUCUAUUCGAUUUGUCCGAAAAUGGCCGAAUGGCUAUUUGUCGAUGGUAUAUUCGAUAUCGAAAGAUUGUUCAAUCGAUAGGUGGUGGUCCACCGUCCGCGGAAAUAAUGGCGAAUUUCACGUCUGGCGAGCCUCCAAUAAAAGUACCACGUCUUGCUGAAUCUCAAACGAAUAGCAAUACGUCCUCUGCAUCAUUCGAUGCGCCAAAGCGGACGCGGUUUACCUUUCGACCUGAGCAUCUUGAUAUUUUGGAGAAAGCUUUUCUUGAUAAUCCCUAUCCUGAUCCUCGCCGUCGGGAAGAAAUUGCUCGUAUAUGUAACGAUGCGCGAACACGUGUAGACGGCAACAAUGAACUUUUGACUGAUCGUGAUCGAGUGACAGACGCUAUCGUUACACACUGGUUUCAAAACAAACGCAAAAUGGCUAAAAGUCAACGAGCUUCAAUUCAUGAUGAAUCACUGCCGUAUGGUCUGUCAAAUAAUAAUAGUAAUAAUCACCUAUCGGCAAUGAACGAUUUCGAAAAUAUCAACGGUGAUGAGGAUGUAAAUAUUCAUCAGCAAGCUCAACCGCAGAAAUCAGCUGUACCUAUCGUUGAUAUGGAUUACUACGAGACACCAUCAUCGUUACUCGACCCUCAAAUGGCUGCGUAUCGAGCAAUAAUGAGUCGAAUGGUUCCUUUUGCCAAUAAUGUCAACGGAAUUCAUUCGCCGAAGCGACUUGUCAAACAAGAACCUUUUCAGAACGCUGACGAAUCAAGUCAAGGUGAAGAAUCGAAUUCAUCAUCACCAUUAAACGAGCAGUUAUCACCGUGA